UCAGAAUGCAAAUUCAGUUGAUGUGGAGCAGAAGACAAGAAAGAAGGAGAGGGGCACUUCAUCCCCCUCUCCAAUUCCAUCUGAUCGUUCUGAACGGAAUGGCUCCGCUACCUCUGACCCCUCACCCUCUGACCAACUCUCCUCCCUCCAUCCACCUCCCUCUCCUGUUAAAUGUUCCUCUCAGCCUUGCUCUCCUGCUGAACAACCCUCUGUACCCCGGUCACCUGCCAAAAACCCUUCCCCAGUGAAAUCCUCUCCAGUGGUGUCCCACCCUAGUUCUCCCUCUCCUACCAACCCUCUGGAUCGUCAUGGAGACACCAGUCAGGAGGGCACAACAGUCAGACCUCUGUCUCUUCAGGACCGCUCUAGUCCAAGGCCCCAGAGACCAGUCUCAGCCACCAGAAGCAUGACUCUCCCCAGGGCCAGCUCAGCCACCAGAAGCAUGACUCUUCCCAGGGCCAGCUCAGCCACCAGAAGCAUGACUCUUCCCAGGGCCAGCUCGGCCACCAGAAGCAUGACUCUUCCCAGGGCCAGCUCGGCCACCAGAAGCAUGACUCUUCCCAGGGCCAGCUCAGCCACCAGAAGCAUGACUCUUCCCAGGACCAGCUCAGCCACCAAAGGGUCAGAAGAGACCCAGGGGGCCAGAGGAGAACGGGGGGAACUGGUCAACAUGGAACUUCUUGGGUUGCCUAACAUUGGCAACACUUGCUUCCUUAACGCCACCCUGCAGUGCCUCCUGGUCCUGCCUUCCUUCUCAAAGGAAAUCCUGCACCAGGAACAACUCUGGAGCUCCUCCCCCUUCUCCAACUUGCUCAGGUGUCUGUCUGAUGUGCACCGUUCGGGUCUACCUGACAGUGUGGCAAACCAGGCCUCAAAAGCAGACCUCAUGUGGAAGGUCAAGUACUCCUUGUCGGGAUACGAUUUGAAGUAUCUGGGGGACACGCAACAGGACGCACACGAGUUACUUGUCAAUAUGCUGUGCCAGCUGAAGGAGGAGGGCAUGAUUCUGAAGACACUCGGGAUGAACUAUACCUGCCCUGUUUCCCAGCUGGAGUUCCAGCUUGUGUCGGUGCGCACAUGUACCAGCUGUGGGCGCGAGUCGUCUACCAGAGAGGACUACAACCACCUCUCAUUGGACUUCAGCCCUGAGCGCACCUUGCUGAACAGCCUAGCACUCACUUUCAAAAGUGAACAGGUUGAAUUCACAUGUGAGGGCUGUAAAGGCCUCCACGCCUCAAAGGUGGAGCAGUUCCACACACUGCCUCUUGUGCUGGUUCUGCAUCUGAAGAGGUUUGGAGGACCUGGGGGGUUGGAGAAGCUGGAGGCUCCUCUUUUGUUUCCUUCGGAGCUGAGGCUCUCCACCCUCUGUGGGGACAUGGUGCCACACCUGCACAGUGCCAGCCCACAGGCCCUCACCAACCAGGCCCCCAGCAUCCAGGGGUCCAUCCCCCAGACCCUCGCCAGCCAAGUCUCCAGCCCACCUGGAGAGGCCAAAGACAGCGCCCUCUGCUGUUCAGAAGCAGAAGCCAGUACAGUCAGUGAAUGGUUACUACCAGCUGACUGGCGUAGUCUCUCAUUUGGGAGGCUCCGCAAACUCCGGGCACUACAUUAGUGACAUAUUGCAUGCCAGUGGAAACUGGUUCUGCUGUAACGACAGCCAGGUGUCAAUGUCCAAUGAAGCCACUGUGCUGAGGACCAGAGCCCGGGAUGCCUACAUGCUCUUCUAUAUGUUCAGGUACUGCUUACUCUCACCAUCUAUAUUCUUGUGUUGCUAUUAAUGUGUACUGUUCCUUUCACCCUACAGGGCAAUAGAGCGGGAGGCCCCAGUACACAGGGCCUAACAGGGCCACCAGAAUCAGUACCAAGCCCAGUCUAGGCCCAGUCUCAAAACCCCCUGCCCAGCCUCAACACUCACACAUCUGCCUCGAAAGGGGUAGCACUUGGCCCAACAUCAAGAACCCCCGAGCCCAGCCACAACAGGGGCAGCACGGAGCCCAACAUCAACACACCCAGCCCAGCCUCAACAUGGGAAGAAUCAGGCCCAGUCUCAACAUGGGCAGAACAAGACCCAGCCCAAACACCCUCAGACCUGCCUCAACAGGUGCAGCAUUCGGACUUCAAUCAUGCUGCUCUUCAACACUAGCAUGAACAUUCUUUCAGUAGCUUAUGUCAUAAAUACCUGCCCUUGAUUUGACUACUUCACCUAAUGUAUAAAGCGUAUCAAGUAUACACACUAAAUGUAGUACACAUGUAGAUGUGGUGGAUAGAGAGUGUGAUUAUUUAGAGGAUAUAACAUCCCUUCUAUUUGGUUUGGUUGAAAUCCUCCUGUUGUGAAAUACACUGUGGUGUCUAACCUCUUAUUCAGCAUGGUCACACCGGAAGACCUGCAAUAUUAAUAAAGACAAGCAAAUGUAAGAAAA